AUGAGUGCCCAUCACGGUUAUUCAGAGCCGGCGCGGCAGUCUGAUCACCGGUCCGAGUUUCACUCUCAACACGCUUCGGACCUUGGCAAGGAUGGAGCAGAUGUCGAGUCUUCGUCGGCCUCGGGGGCACAUCUCCUCAACACUACCGUCAAGUCGAUCUCUUGGACGAACAUCACCGUCAAAGUGACCGAUAGGGAUACGAAGCAGCCACGGCUCAUUCUUGACAACGUCGAGGGCAUUGUCAACGCAGGUGAACUCGUUGCCCUCAUGGGCCCGUCGGGCUGCGGCAAGACGACCCUCCUAAACAUGCUGGCCUCGCGUCCUACCGGAGCCGGAUCCACCGACGGAGUCGUCCUCGUAAACGGCACAGAGCCCUCCCGCGCCGCCUUUCGACAGAUGAGCUGCUUCGUGGAGCAGGAGGAUGCGCUGAUCGGGUCUCUGAACGUCCGGGAGACUCUGAUGUUUGCCUCGCGCCUGUCAACCAGCAGCGGCUCGCUCUCGAGCAAGGAGAGAACCAGGCGCGUCGAUGGGUUGCUUGCUGCCUUUGGCCUGUCCGACCAGGCCUCCACGUUGAUCGGCACUCCCAUCCGCAAGGGUAUAAGUGGUGGCCAGAAGCGCCGUGUCGGUGUGGCCAGCCAGCUCAUCACCAGCCCAAAGAUCCUCUUUCUCGACGAACCCACCAGCGGGCUUGAUUCGGCCGCCAGCAGAGAGGUCAUGAGCUACUUGAAGAGCGUGGCCAAGCGUAACAAUUUGAUUGUGAUCGCCAGUAUACACCAGCCGUCCACCUCCACCUUUAUGCUCUUUGACAAACUCUGUCUCCUGUCCCAGGGCAAGCAGCACUACUUUGGCCCCGUCACCGAGGUCGUCCCUUACUACGAGUCGAUAGGCCUCGACGUUCCCGUGCACUCCAACCCGGCCGAGUGGCUCCUCGAGCUGAUCAACGUCGACUUUGCAGAGGACAGAGCGAACGCGCAGACACUGCUGGGCAGGCUACAAGAGGCGUGGACCAGCUCGUCGCGUUGCCAGCAGCUGCGCGCUGGCCUGCGUCAGGUCGAAUCGUUUGGAUCGACAGGCGCAGAGACCCUAGUUGGCUCGGGCGGUCAUUCUGAGAGGAAGCCAGGACAGCUCAGCCUGGUCCUGACGCUUCUCCAUCGCUCCUUUGUCAAAAGCCACCGUGACGUGGUUGCCUAUGGGAUCAGGAUGGCCAUGUAUACUGGUCUAGCCAUCAUGAUGGGUACGGUUUGGCUUCGGCUUGAGCCUGAACAGAGCUCGAUCCAGCCGUUUAUCAACGCAAUUUUCUUUGGCUCGGCUUUCAUGUCCUUCAUGGCGGUUGCCUAUGUUCCCUCGUUCAUCGAAGAUCGGCUGCAGUACGUCAAGGAGCACCACAACGGUCUAUAUGGUGCAACGGCCCUCAUGAUAUCCAACUUCCUCAUUGGUAUCCCAUAUUUAUUCCUCAUCGCCAUCUCCUUCUCUGCCAUCUCGUACUGGCUCAACAACUUCCAGCCGACCGCACAUGCCUUCUUCGUAUGGGUCAUGUGGGUCUUUCUCGACCUUUUGGCCGCCGAGAGCCUGGUGGUCUUGUUCACUUCGCUGUUCCCCAGCUUCGUCAUCUCCCUGGCUCUCGUGGCAUUCGCCAACGGGCUGUGGAUGUCGGUGAACGGUUUCAUGGUUCAACCAACCAUCUUGAACGUCUUUUACAAAUACGUUUUUCAUUAUUGGGACUACCAAAAGUACGUCUUUGAAGGCAUGAUGAUCAACGAGUUCGCCGACCGCUCCUACGGGUGCGGGGAUUCCUGCCAGUGCAUGUACGUCACGGAGCUUGCCGACCAGUGCAAGAUUGCCGGCGAGGGAGUGUUGAGGCAGUAUGGCUACAGCACAGGCCACACGGGCCACGACGUUGGUAUCAUGGUGGCCAUAAUUGCAGGAUAUCGGAUAGCGGGCUGGAUCGCGCUCAAGUUGAGGACCUGAUUGUUCGAGUGUUUGACAAUGUCUGAGAGGGGAUCGAAUCGAUUUCGAUUUUGGUGUAAUCGUGUAUCGGGAUGCCUUUUUAAAGUUCGUGUGGCUGCCUGCCUGCAUGGAAAAGCACAAGGUCUUACCGGCAUGGCGCCCCGUCCGCAACAAUCAUACCAUACCUAUGAUGAUCGGUUGGGACUUGAGUGGUUGAUGAUUCGCGCGCAUGUGAUGGAUGCACAUAGAUACCGAAUAUGGUAAUAAGAACCAGAAGUAGCUGGAGAUUAUGCACAAUUACUCUG